GUCCGUUUCUGGUACCCGUUUCUUCGUUCUGUGAGACCUCCCUGUUUUCGCCGGACUGGGCCUACCCUGCUCACGAAACGGCGCGGCAUUUCUAGUUCUUUGGGCCUUCGGAUAAUUAGAGAAAAAUGUCUUUGGGCCCCUUGUCCAACGAGAGCCCAGUUUUACCGGGCCGUCUGCCUCCCUCCCUGUCCAAACUCUUGCUGGGGUUUCGUUCAUUUGUGCCUUCGAUUAAUAAAGAAGAUCCCUUCUUAGCCGUUUCGCCCGUCUCUGAAACCCGUUUCGCUAUUUUGUGCGGGUUUCUCGUUUUCGCCGGCCAUAGGCCUGCCCUCCCCAACGAAACGCCACUUGUUCAUCAAACUUUUGGGCUUUCAGUUAAAUAUAGAAGAAGCUCUCUGGGCCUUUGUCUAAAGAAAGCCCAGUUUUUUCUGUGCGUAUACCUCCUCAAUCCUCAUCCCUUCCCUCCAGCUUCCCUCUUCCAGCAGCGAAUCCCUUCCUCGAGUCCUCCUCUCGCCCGCCGCCACCAGCCACCGUCGUUCAACUCAUCCCUCGCUGAGAGCCAGAUUCAUAUCGGCAGUUGGGUAAAAGAAUGGCGGGCGGCAAGAUGAGAAAAGAGAAGACCAAGGCGCCGCCGACGGCGAGCCACUACCAAGGAGGAAUAUCGUUCCACAAAUCCAAGGGCCAGCACAUCCUCAAGAACCCUAUGCUGGUCGACAGCAUAGUACAGAAGUCCGGCAUCAAGAGUACCGACAUCAUUCUCGAGAUUGGUCCCGGUACCGGAAAUCUCACCAAGAAGCUGCUCGAGGCCGGCAAGUCCGUCAUCGCCGUCGAGCUCGACUCUCGCAUGGUGCUCGAACUUACGCGCCGCUUUCAGGGGACUCCUUUCUCUAAUAAGCUUAAGGUCAUUCAAGGCGACGUGCUAAAGACCGAUCUACCAUACUUCGACAUAUGUGUGGCCAACAUUCCCUACCAAAUCUCAUCACCCCUCACAUUCAAGUUACUCAAUCACCAGCCUUCAUUCAGGUGUGCGGUCAUUAUGUACCAGAGAGAAUUUGCAAUGAGACUCGUUGCUCAGCCAGGGGACAACCUCUACUGCCGUCUCUCUGUCAAUACACAGCUCUACGCGAGGGUCUCACAUCUUCUCAAAGUCGGGAAGAACAAUUUCCGUCCCCCACCAAAGGUCGAUUCCUCUGUGGUCCGAAUCGAGCCCAGGAAGCCUCGCCCUCAAGUCAACCCUAAGGAGUGGGACGGCUUCAUACGAAUUUGUUUCAUCCGAAAGAACAAAACUCUUGGCGCAAUAUUCAGGAUUAAAAAUGUGCUUUCGUUACUGGAGAAGAACUACAAAACUCUCCAAGCACUGAAUACGUCAGGCGCUGCUGAGAUGGAUAUUUCAGGAUUGGGGGAGCUAGGGGGAGGGGAGCAGAGCGUGGAAAUGGAUGCAGACGACGACGAUGAUGAUGAAAUGGAGAUGGAGGAGGAUAAAGAAGCGGCAAAUGGAAGGUCGGAAUUCAAAGAGAAGGUUGCUGCAGUGUUAAAGGAGAAGGAUUUUUGUGACAAAAGGUCAUCGAAACUGUCACAGGAAGAAUUCUUGUAUCUGCUCUCUCGAUUCAACAUGGCUGGCAUCCACUUCUCUUGAGCUUUCUGUGAGCUGUGGUGGUUGUUAUCCUAUUAGGCUUCUCCCUCUACCUUACUCUCUAUUGAUUUCCUGGUGAGUUUUGCUGAUGAAAUCUUUAUAGGAGGAUGUAGCAAUGUAGUUUUGUUCUGAUAAUUAUAGUGGACACAAAAAGAGUAUUUGUUUUGUGUGGCAUGAAUGAAGAUUAUAUGUUUGUCUUUGCUGACUGCUGUCCUGCUUGUUCAUCUGUACUCUAGUUAUCUACUCUACUCCCUUCUGUUCGACUGAUAAUUCAGAAUUCUAUUGCUGCAAUCACAAAUGUCAGAUGAAAUCACAAUCUGUGCUUUAAGCAAGCAGCUUCUACUUUGGUCAAGGUAUCAAACAAGGUUGUUUAUGAUUGCAGAAAGAAAGUGCGUGUAAAGGGUCUCGCCUGAUAUUAUGCAGGUGAUGAACACUUCCACCGGAGUCCAGCUGAAUCGAAUUGCCGGCGGCCACAUUGGAUUCUAUUUGGACUACCGCCGUUCUUAACUGCCAAAGUGACACUAAAUGAUAAAAUAAUAAGAAGAAAAUCAACAAUCUUUGUAAGGUUCAAGAAAACAUGAAAAGACUGUUAACAAAACUCUCUUAAUCCGAGCUAUUAACUCGUUACUUAUUACUUCUUAAUCCACAUUAUAAAAACCCACUCCAAGCUUCCCCUCCUUCUCACUCCACACUCUUCAAUUCUCUCAUCAUUUUUCAUCCCAAGAAAGGAAAAAACAAAAAUCUCUCUUUUGUCAAUCUUAUCAUCAUGAAGGCUCUCUUCCUCCUUGUUCUUAUCUUAAGCACAAGUAAGUAUGAUAAAGAUCAAGCUCCUAAUUAACACAUCCUUCCUUAGUUAUUAUCAUCAGUGAGUUAACCCCAUCAAUUAAUUAACUUGUGUAUUGCAGCAGCACCAAUGUUGGAAGCACAAACCUGCACAACAGAUUAUGAUUGUCGUAUAUUUUAUGGAUGUCGAGAUUGGAUUACUUGCGACCAAGGCAUAUGUACCGGUUGCGAGUACCCUUCUCAACAAGCACUCACCAAUUACACAGCAACUCAUAAUUAAAGACAAAUAAUUAGAGACAAUUAGUUUGAUUAGUUUCUAUAGCUAAUCUUUCGCUUAAUAAAUACUAUUUGUCUCACUAUCUCGUAUUAUUUAUCUUUCUUAUGUAAUAUUCUCCUAAUCUAUACUAGCUCUAUAUCCUGCCAUUAGACAGGUAAUUAAUAAGAAUAAUAAUUAGUUUAACAUCAUAAGUAAACUAUUGUUGAUUUGAUAAUAGUUUUUUAUUUUAUUUUGAUGUAAUAUGUUUAUCAACAUAAUACUUGUUUUUCUAACAUGCAAUCCAUCUUAGGUCUUCUAAACUUUUUUUACUCAAUAUUGUCGAGAUUUCUCAUCUAACUGUUAUACCCUCCCACCAACGAACUACCGAGCCAUGCAAGUCGUUAACUUAUCUGAUGAAGGAAAAACGAGAAUGAAAAUUGGGACAUGAAGUGCAUUCGAUAUGGUUGGUUUGAUUCAAUUUCGAUUAAGCCAUCCGAUGAAAUAUUAUAAUUAAGGAAUUAAAAUCAAAUGUUAGGAAUCAAAGUAUAGGAUACAGUACACACAUAUAUGACUCAAUUCGAGCAAUGGAGCCCUUGGUAUUCCAUAUGCAUUUUGUCAUUCUAAACAUAAAGGUAGUAAGUUAAUGAUUCCGGAUAUUAAUGAAAUAUGGAGACUUUUAGGACUAAUGUAUUAUCCAAUUCAUUCUCACUUCUCAAAUAUUUUAACUUGUUUUUGUUUGAUUCGUUAUGACCUCUUGAAACUUCAAAGCAAACAAUAAGUGUAAGGAUCGAGAUGGUACCAACGUAAACAAAAUUGAAUCAUAAUACAUGCUCGACAUAAUUAUGAUCUUCUCUCUUGUUGUAUCUUUGGAUGAAUCUUAUGCUAAUUAACUAACUUAACAUAAACAUCAUUGUUAGCCUUGCUCUACACAUAUUAUUUAAUUAACAAUACUUAGAUCGAAUAAUACUCUUCGAGAACAAUGAAGAGUGUGAACACGAUUAAGGAUUAAUUAAGACUCCCUUCAUGUUGAUUGUUGCCAAUAAACCGAUCGAGCACCAACAAUCCUUUGUUUUCCUUUCUUUUGGAUGGCCCUAAUUAACUUUUAUUUGGAUAUCUUAUAAUUAAAAGAAGAUUCCAUAAAUGUUAUUGGAGGGGGAGAUGAAACCAAUGGAGAAGAAUUGAUCAAACCAUGCAUAUCAUUAUCAAAAUCCAAUUCCAUCUCAUUUGAUUUUUCUUCUUCUCGUAGCUCAUCCAUUUUUCCUUGAACUAAUGAACCUUACAUGAUAUU